UGUUUAUAAAUAGUAUAAUAGUUUAAGGUGCGUUUCUUGGUCAUGUAUCUGUAUUUGCGCGCGACAAGCUGAAACACAAUGAAUGACUCUGUGACAUCUACCCCCUAUGAAAGUCUGGAUACUAGUCUUGAAGCAGACGACUUCAAUGCGGUUGUUGAUGGCUUACUAGGGGGUGCAGGCACUGCAACUAGUUAUGACGAGAAGAGAGACGAAGCUAAAGGGUGUUUACAAGAUGAUAAACAAAACAGUGCCGAAGAAAACUACAAAGAAAAGGAUGUUACUAGGGACACAAACUCUCCUAAUGUCGACAUUCGACGACAUACAAACUCUCCAAAUGUCAACGCUCAGCGUAAUACAACCUCUCCUAAUGUCAACGCUCAGCGUAAUACAAACUCUCCUAAUGUCAACACUCAGCGCAAUACAACCUCUCCUAAUGUCAAUGCUCAGCGUAAUACAAACUCUCCUAAUGUCAACGCUCAGCGUAAUACAAACUCUCCUAAUGGACAAGAGGCAAGGGCAAAUACGUCAAAUUCUAGUCAAAACUCGGCCAACACAACAGGAAAUCCUGGACAAAGGAAUCAACAAGCAAACAAGAAAGUAGCCAAGCAUCCUGAUUACUCUGAUGAACUUAAGAGACGUGGGACCUUCCGAAAUUGGCCAGCACGAAUGCAACAGUCACCAGAAAUGAUGUCAGGGGCUGGAUUUUUCUUUUCAAUGAGCGGAGACAGCGUUAGGUGCUAUGUGUGUGGAAUCGGGUUGAGGAAUUGGGACCAGGAUGAUAAUCCCUGGGUAGAACAUGCGCGGUGGUCACCAAAAUGUACCUUUGUCCUUGACAAAAAAGGUCAAGCUUUCAUUGAAUAA